CUCGUAUGACCAGGCUUCAAAUGCUGUCGUCCCUCCAUCCAAAUUGUCAAUGUCAUUGCAAGCACCUCUCUGAUUUCACAACCCUGACGUGUCAAAGCAUUUUGAGCUUACGUCUAGAUUCCAAAAGAUCAAUACAACUUCAAUAACACGUUCUUUCUCUCGAAUUGAGUCUUCCUGCAUCUGCGUCCCUUCGUCAUCUCCAUACCAUGUCGAUUUCGCCCAUCUUAACGUUCAAGGCAGGGCUCUGUGAGCUUGAUACGAGCACCUCGCCUCCACGAGCAAAACCUCUCCCAACUCCAGGAUACCUCUACCUCUACGAAGAUGAACUACUGCACCUCUGCUGGCGACCGCGGAGUGCUCCGUUGGACCAACCACAACUAGACCUGCUAAUGGUGCCAAUGGACGGUUCUUUCACUCCUUACCAGCCUACCAGCGCUGAAAAUCCGUCAAACCCGAAGACGCCCACGAACGGCAGAAUCUACGUCCUCAAGUUCACCUCCAGCUCACAAAGAUACCUCUUCUGGCUGCAAUCCCGCAGUCAGCAUCCUCAAGGCGACCCGUCAUGGUUCUCUGCUCGAGAUCUGAAGCUGGGCCAGAUCGUGAACAACCUUCUUCAGGGCGAAGAGGUCGAUGUCCAAGAACAAAUGGCCAGUUUGCCUCCGGAUGGGAAUUCACCAGACGACGAAGGGCCGGAGCCGAUGGAGGAUGUGGAAGGGACAGAUCACAACCCCAAUCGUCGCCCUUCACAAGGCGGUCCCGGAGCUGGUCCGGAUGCCACAGGUGGGGAUUUUCGGGAGGAGGGCGAAGAAUCACGCGAGGGCGGCGCGGACGGCGGACGAGCGUAGGUACUUGCACCCCAUGCCUUGCGUUUUUCUUGUCGCUGCAAAGCCAUCUGUCUGACUCCCCACGUCAGGGCGGCCGCUGGUGGGCUAGAAGCCAACGCCUUGGUUCGCAAUUUUCUUCAAGCCAUGGAACAACGCAAUCAGCGACAAGCACCCCAGGAAAAUCUGUUCACGACCCUUGGGGACCUGUUGACCGCAAAUACAACGGUGCCGUUACUCGAAUCAGCCGACGACAAGUUGUUGGACCGGUUAUUUGCAUGUCUCCCACCUCAGUUAUCGGACAUGGUGCAGGCCUCGGUUGACACGUCCGCUUUGCAAAAUGCCGACUCAACUUCUGAGCAACGGGAUGCAGCGAAGCGAGAAUUGACCAAAGCGAAGAAGACCAUGUUGCGCAGAGUGUUGCACUCGCCGCAGUUCAAGCAAAGCCUGUCGAGUCUGACGAUCGCACUGAGAGAGGGUGGCCUUCCGAUAGUCAGUGAGACGUUCAAGAUCCCGGUCCGUAAUGGUGGAUACCUCAGACAUGGCGGAGUACCCAUGGGCGGGGGCGAGGCUGUGGAGGCCUUCGUAGAGGGCGUGAAAAAAGGCGUUGAAGACGAACUGGCAAGAAGAGAUGGGGAUGGGGCAGGCGACAGGAUGGAUCAAGACUAAAUGUCUAUGAAUCUAUCUUACAUCAAGUCAGGAUUCAUCUCUAUCCGAGGAGCCCUUGAGGCUCAAGGCUAUGUUGUCAGAUUCGAUACAUCAGAGGGUUCGCCUUUUGUUCCUGGCCCUAACCAAUCGGACCAAAGGCGCUCCAUAAAUUAAUUAGCUUCAAGAUGCCCAAUACACAACAAUGUUAACACUA